GCAUAAGUGACGAGAAAUCUCUACCAUCUCUUUGCAAAAUGUGAUCGUUUUUUCAUCGUAAACGAAAUUAGAAGUUCUAAGUGAAGCGAAACAACACUGUGGGAGCAUGGCUGCUCACGAGAGAGGGAUAAAUAUGAUGGGAAAACCCGUUUAUCUUCAUCUCAACGGGGACAAUUUUAAGAGAAAGCGAAUUGUGGUCAACCAGAGAGAAAUGCGGAGUUUUGAUUCUUUUCUGAAUGCUGCUGCAACAAGUUUUCGUAUACCAGCUCGAGAAAUAAGGACACCAGCUGGUAGACAUCGCAUCAGAAAUCUUGACGAUCUUCAAAGAGACUGUACUUAUGUCGUUGUGGGAAGAGAGCCGUUUAAGAAAGUCGGAUAUGAUGUGAAAGACUUGAGGCCACAACGUUUGGCUCCCCCGAAAGAGCCUGAGGUAAGAUAAACAGUAUUUUAGAAGCUUACAAGGUGGUA